CAGAGCGUUCAUUUGUUGUCAGCUCGUUAUCGAUCAGUCUAAUCGCCUUUUUCGAGUGAUAAAACUUAGAAGGAACCCUCGCGCCAACAGCCAAAUGCGGAAACCGUUUUGAAUGUUGAUUUUUCGCGUCCGAAAGUGAAUUGGCUGAGCACGACGCCGCCCAAAAAAAAAAAAAGAAGAAACCGGGGUUCAGUGAACGCCUCAGAACUUGAGCCAAUAUUUGAACUGUUUUAUAGUCUUAUAUAUAGUGUAUAUAGUUAGCAUAUUUGCCAUGGUGUUGCCGGCCGCCUCGACAUUAUGCAAUGUAUUUACAUUUCUGCUCGCUGGUUCCCCCAUUUUCUAUAGCGCCGCUCCCCGCGGUUCCUGCGCCAGCUGCUGUGCGAUUAAGGAGCGCGAGGACAUCAAGUUCAUGCUGUACACCAGGCGGAACCGCAAUGCCGCCCAACUGCUACACCUGAGCGACGAUGCCCGGCUGGCGCAGAGCAAUUUCAAUUUCAAUUACCCGCUGGCCAUCUACCUGCAUGGCUUCUCGGAGUCGGCCACCGGCGAGCGUCAGAGCAGCCAGGAGCUGAAGGACGCCUUCCUGCGGAGAGGCAACUACAACGUGGUCCUCAUCGACUGGAGCGCGAUGACAGCGGUGCCCUGGUACUCCAAUGCCGUGGAGAAUCUGCCGGUGACGGCCCGCUAUAUAGCCAGGUUCCUGCGAUAUCUGGUGGACAAGGGUUACUCUGCCAAGCACAUUCACUUGAUUGGCUUCAGCUUAGGUGCAGAAGUGGCCGGUUUUGCUGGCAAGCAACUCCAGGAAUGGGGCAUUAAGCUAACCAGGAUAACAGCUCUGGACCCGGCACUACCUCUUUUCGAGGGCAAUAGCUCCAAUCGUCGACUAAGUCCCAGCGAUGCCCGCUUUGUGGAUGUCAUUCACACGGAUGGCGGUGUCCUUGGCAACCCUGCACCCAUGGGACAUGCGGACUUCUAUCCGAACGGAGGACGACCCCUGCAGCCGGGCUGUGCCAAGCAGGAAAUAGCCAAUAAUCGCUGGCUGGGCAUAAUUAUUGGCUGCAGUCACCAGCGGGCCUGGGAGUACUUUGUGGAGAGCAUAGCACAGCCUCGAGGAUUUCCCGCUCAACGUUGCGAGACCUCGGAAGCAAUUGGUGCCUGCCGGGAGCCAGGAAACGGCCAAGCCUUCAUGGGCAUGGGCGCAGAUCCCAGGAUACGUGGCAAAUUCUUUCUGGAUACGAAGGAUGCCAGGCCCUUUGGGAGGAAUAGCCGGGCGAGGUCGAUUGUCUCGCUGGCUCCUCAGCUGCCAAUUGCCUACAAAUUGCCCCCAAAUGCCACCAGACAGACAUCUGUCAAUCGGUGGGCUCCCGUCUCCGGUUCUGGCGAGGAACAGCAGCAGCAGCAGCAGGACGACAACAAUGCGCUGAGCAACAACAUUGACGGCUUCUCCACACUGACGUGAUGGAAUUCGCUCUUGGUUUUCGUGGGGGUUCGUUCUCCCCGGAGUGUCCUCCGACAUCGGUUGAGAUUUAUGUGAGCGGCGUGAUUAUAGUAAGUCCUCGACUUCUGCUCCU